AUGGGAAUCACGUCUUCUGAAUUGGAAGCCCGAUACCAAAAUGCCGUUGGAAAGACCAAGAACGCGCUGGGAAGACGACUUCAAGAACUUCUGUCCCACCAUGUUCAACUUGUAGACUUGGAGAACCGACGUGACAUCCCCACCUCGUUUGCUGGCGAACCGCUUUUCUUACACUAUCGGAGCAUAAAAAUAACUUCUACAAAACGUGGUUGCGACCAGAAAGAAGAACACUUCCGCAACCUGCGCAGAAAUUCGGGUGGCCAUAAACGUCCCGGUGCCCAAUUUACAAUGAUUCUGCAGCUGACCGGAUUCGAAGAACAAAAAUAG